CGGCUCCGCCCCGCUCGGUACCGCAUUGCUGUAGCGCAGGGGGUCACUGCAUUGCGCCGGCACCGGCAAUAGGGGGACCCCCCCUCCCAGGGAGAUAAAGCCGCCGGAGCCGAAGCUGGCAGCCUCUGCUGUGUGAGCCCGGCGCCGCCACCGUCUCCACAAAAAACCACAGCUGUUCGUCUGCUCCUUUGCUUAGCGUCGGCCCUUUCCAACAUAACCCAAGAGGAUGGGGAAGGAGAAGACACAUAUCAACAUUGUCGUCAUUGGACAUGUGGACUCUGGGAAAUCCACCACCACUGGGCACCUCAUCUACAAAUGCGGGGGCAUUGACAAAAGGACCAUUGAGAAAUUUGAGAAGGAAGCUGCUGAGAUGGGGAAAGGUUCCUUUAAAUACGCCUGGGUGCUGGACAAGCUGAAGGCUGAGCGCGAGCGUGGGAUCACCAUUGACAUCUCCCUGUGGAAGUUUGAGACCACCAAAUACUACAUCACCAUCAUUGAUGCCCCAGGCCACAGAGACUUCAUCAAGAACAUGAUCACAGGGACCUCACAGGCUGACUGUGCCGUGCUGAUUGUUGCCGCUGGCGUCGGUGAAUUUGAAGCUGGCAUCUCCAAGAACGGGCAGACCCGAGAGCAUGCCCUUCUGGCCUACACGCUGGGUGUCAAGCAGCUCAUUGUGGGCAUCAACAAGAUGGAUUCCACAGAGCCGCCGUACAGCGAGAAGCGUUACGAUGAGAUCGUCAAGGAGGUCAGCGCCUACAUCAAGAAGAUCGGCUACAACCCUGCCACAGUCCCCUUCGUGCCCAUCUCCGGGUGGCAUGGGGACAACAUGCUGGAGCCAUCUCCCAAUAUGCCGUGGUUCAAAGGGUGGAAGGUAGAACGUAAGGAAGGAAAUGCUAGUGGAGUGUCGCUGCUGGAAGCUCUGGAUACCAUCCUGCCUCCCACCCGCCCUACAGACAAACCUCUGCGUCUGCCCCUUCAGGACGUCUACAAGAUCGGCGGUAUCGGUACUGUCCCAGUGGGCCGUGUGGAGACGGGGAUCCUCCGGCCUGGCAUGGUGGUGACUUUUGCCCCAGUGAACAUCACCACUGAGGUGAAGUCUGUGGAGAUGCACCACGAGGCUCUGAGCGAGGCGCUGCCAGGAGACAACGUUGGCUUCAACGUGAAGAAUGUUUCCGUCAAAGAUAUCCGCCGCGGGAACGUCUGCGGGGACAGCAAGUCGGAUCCGCCCCAGGAGGCAGCGCAGUUCACGUCUCAGGUGAUCAUUCUGAACCAUCCUGGCCAGAUCAGCGCUGGCUACUCCCCUGUCAUCGACUGCCACACCGCGCAUAUCGCUUGCAAGUUCGCUGAGCUGAAGGAGAAGAUCGACCGACGCUCCGGCAAGAAGCUGGAGGACAACCCCAAAUCCUUGAAAUCCGGAGAUGCCGCCAUUGUGGAGAUGAUCCCUGGGAAGCCGAUGUGUGUGGAGAGCUUCUCCCAGUACCCACCCCUUGGACGCUUUGCCGUGCGCGACAUGCGGCAGACCGUGGCCGUCGGCGUCAUCAAGAACGUGGAGAAGAAGAGCGGUGGUGCCGGCAAGGUCACCAAGUCAGCCCAGAAGGCCCAAAAGGCUGGCAAAUGAAUUGUAGGCUCCCAGUGCAUCGCGCAGAAACCAUCCCCGUCACCAGGAUGCUGCCAUCUUCUCCCUGAGGCGCAUGUCUGCACAUCAGCUUGUAAGAGUUUAUAUGUCAACGACUGGAUGCUAACCAUUAAGGUCCAGUGGAAAUUCUUUAAAAGGAAAAGCAUGUUCCAGCGUUUGUGAGGCUUCAUGUUAAUUUUACCAAUAAACUGGUGCAACAUCCACAGUGACAGUG